AUGAAAGCACGACUCCGGGCUACAACUACAAGCUCAGUAGCGGCUACUUAGCUACUACAUUAUACCAGUUAUACUACUACCUGGUACUGCACUGGUAGUACUAGUAGUAGUACAUGUAAUGGUUUGUGAGUUUAUACUCAGAAAUGGCUGAAUCUGAUGUACAACCCGGUGAUGUGUCUUCCAAGGAGGAUGAGGAGCGAUUCAUAGACGCUGUCGUGGAACGCUUACGCCACGAUGCUGCAGCUGCUAAGGCUGUUAGCGUGUCGAAUGUCUUUGGAGCGGAGAGGGAUGCAUUCGCUGGGAUAACGAGUGAUUCCCAAGGAUCGGCACAGUUCAUCAGACUGCGUGUCCUGGGUGGCCGUGGAUUUGCCAACGAGAUAUGCGAGGAGGAGCGCAGCUGCACGGCCGAGGAGAGGGCCCAGUUUGUCCUGCACUGCCAGUUUGCCAGCCAGAGGCUUACGGCACCGGCAGUACCAUGCAGUGCUCAACCAGCGCUCAAGCAUGACUAUAUUUUCACUUUGCCAGUGCCAGCAGGUCAGCAUGCUGCAAGCCAACACUCCGCAUCGACUAAGGCAAUGCCUACAGCGGCUGUGAGGACUGGUGAUGGCUCACGGUCAGCCGAGUCGCCACUCAAGGACAGGGUUUCAUCUCGGCCAGUGCACAGCGCUGCAGAUCUGCUGGAGAAUCGGCAACUGCUUCAUCUUGUGCUGGUGCGCACAUCAAAACAGACCGAUCCUGUGUUACAGUCAUCUCAUCAUCUAGCUUGGAGAACGGUGUUGAGCAGCCCAGAAGGCUAUAGUCACUGCUAUGUUGAGCUGCACGGCGUGUACAGUGAGUCCAACCUGCCCAUCGGUGUGCUAGAGGUUGAGUUGCAGCUGAUGCCACCACCGCGUGGUGAGGUGUCAGCGCAGGUGCUCUCUUCACAGCUGGAGUACGAGUAUAGCUGCAAGGUGGAAGCGGACACGCUGCUCAUGAAUUAUGUCAAGCAGUGGUGGAAGGACUACCUCGGAGUGCGCUCCUCUCAUGGCUCGCGUCACGUCAAGCUCUUCGUGAAAGAUGAGAACGGAGAUAGCCACAUGGUGUGCAGCCUGCUGCGUCCUCUACGUGCCGGACGGGAGAUCAGCUCGCCCCGUCAGGCUGCUCGCUUUGUCAGUCUGUUUCCGUACACUUCAACGCCUUGGAUGGAUGGCGGUGCCCAUCAUGACUCCAGCUGGACCAGCUGCCUGGCCUUUGUCAGUCGCAAGCACGGGGGCUGUGAAGAGCAUGCAAUAUUGCUAUGCAGUCUUCUCCUUGGCUUUGGCCUUAAUGCGUUUGUAUGUGUCGGAACACAAGUCAAUCAUCAGUAUCAUGUGUGGGUGGCCACCAUUGAUGAAGACAGUGGUCAGACAACAUUCUGGGAAUCACUCACCGGACAACGGUGUGUCCAUGAAGCCGGGGGAAAGUCAUCGAAGCACAUCUAUGCAACGAUUGGCUGUGUGUUCAACCACUGCUCUUGUUUUGCCAACAUGCAGCCCAGUGACAAGGUGCAAGACUGUGUGUUUGCCCUGGGUGACAAGCACCGGUGGAAAGCCGUCAGUCUCACUGCAAUACAGUCUGCCACACGACGACGUGAUACACCGGCCUUGAAUCUUCCAAGUCUACGACCGGCAACUCUCAACGCCCCACAGAUCAGUGCUAGAAUAGAGCAAGAUCUGAUAUCUGCCAUACACCAGCACCGCAAGCGUCAAGGGUUGACGUGUGACUGGGAUAUGAACCUUGGCUACAUGCUCACGCCGGCCCUGGAGUCCUACGAACACGAGCGCUGCAGCGGCCUCAGCUACGGCAACGAGGAAUUCCAAAUGGCCAUUCGCCACUAUGUCAAGGAGGGCAUCACGUUCAAAGCGUUCCCCGUGAACUUUGCGCACAGUAAUCCGGCGCGGAUGCUUGACACAUGUCUGCAGUCGCCCGUAGGUCAAGACAUACUCGACUGCCGCGGGGACGAGGUGAAGUUCUCCGUGCGAGUGCUGACCUGCGUGUACGCCGAAGACCUGUGUGCCGUCUGGGUGAUGCUAGCCGUGCUCUACCGCUCAGUGCUGUAGCGCGGCAAUCCCGCAGUGAGUGCAAGUGCAGCUGUAUAUACUUUACUCCGUCACAAGCUCAGCGCUUUGACAGAUGGUAUGUUGCAGUCAGGAGAAUGUCACACAAAGUCGCCGAAGAGAAUACACCGCAGCAUCUAGUCUGACGUAAGCUAAGUCACUUACAACUACUUCUGGAACGAUGUACACGAGCUUCCGAUAAUCACCAGGUUCAGGAAUGACUAGUAGCUAACUUACAGCCCAGUCCAGCGUGCACCAGAUAGUACCCCUGUGAAAAUAGUUCAUUUCAGACUGCCCAGAGCAAGCCACACAUCACUUAGCCACGCACUGUGUGCUGCACAAAUUCCACUGCGACACGAUCGCUCAGUUCAAUUAUUACUUGAUACCACAAGCAGAGAAUAUUCUAUGAGCUCAAUAAUAUAUAUUCAGAGACGCAUCACUGCUCAGAAUUAACUGUACUGAUAUCACAUUUACGUUUCAACGUUUGAA